CAUUUAGCCUCUUAUGAUAACAUUGUAUGUCAUAUAUGUUCAUGGCGCGUAUGAUAUCAUUGAUGACGUAAUUGCGCGGAAUGGGUUAGUAGUCAUAACUCUGUCGUGCGCGCCUCCAGUUGAUCGUAGGCAGUCGGCGGUAUCAGUCAAUUAAAGAAAGUGAAAGGAGUUUGCUAUCAUGUCGCAUACAGUAACAGUGAGAACCGCUACGGUGACCACCAGUACCUCGAGUAUUAUUAUCAACACUGGGUAUUUGAAAACUUAUCGAGGGAUUUUGAAGUUCUUGGAACUGGUACUGGGUGCAGUAUGUGUGGGAAUAAUGGGACAUCAUUUUGAUCGGGGGUAUCCUUACACUGUUCCAAAUCAAUUUUUCAUGCUUAUGACGACAACUUUUAUGAUAGCGACCUUUUUAUUAUUACUGAGUUGUCUGGUUUCCAUUGCCACGGAAUCUAUUAUCUCUAAGACAAUUUAUGAAGUCAUUUAUCAUUCAAUUGCAUUUGCAUUACUACUUGCCGCCUCUUUAAAUCUCAUGGUGAGAGUGACUGACCGCUAUAGUAGAACUUCAGAAUAUGAUUUAUUGUUAGGCGCAUCGAUUUGUGGACUGGUAAACUGUGCCUUGUAUUUCUUCAGCACCGUCCUCGCUCUAAGAAUGUACAGAGGCUUGUAAAGUACAAAAUAACCCGAGACAAAAAAUAAUUUUAAAGUACUUAAAAAUUAAUGGAAAUAUUUUUUAUAUAAAUAUUACACACACCGGUCAUUUUAUACUGACUUCACAAAUAACAAAGUCUGAAUAUACAAAACAAAGUACGCUUACCAAAUUUUUAUAGUCUUCUGAAAAGUGGAAAAUAUUUUUUUUCCAAAGGUUUUAUUUAUAAACGAAUAUACAGAGCAGAUUAUUUUUUAAUAAUCGAUUUUAAAUUAUUAUUUUCGAGAUUUUUGAAUUGUAAUUUUACUUGAUGUACAAUUGUUAAGAUUUUAUUAAACUGAUUAUUUCUAACUAUAUUACACACCUAGGGCAGUAAAGUAAGAAAUGUCUUAGAUCACAUGUAAUUGUUGUCACAAACAUGUGAUCUGAGACAUUUCUUACUUUACUUCCCUUGUUGUGUAAUAUACUAUUUCCCCUCGACGGAGGCGGAAAGCGGCAACUUCGUUUUGCACAGUGGGACAAAAAUUGACGAUUUUCACCCUGAGGCGAGAAAAAGUAAUUACUUGUAUGUUACUUUUAAACAUAUUUUUAUUAUAUAAAUAUUUUAAUGACUUUAAAAUCAUUAAUUAAUUUUAAAAAGGAGACGGGCCCAUCAGAUUAGAGUAUCAAAAAAAUAUUUACUUUUGAAGCCAACCCUGGAACUCGUAAAAAAAAAAUACUAUCGAACUUUUUUUUCAAAUUUACACUAGACUAUUAAUAUUUACUAAUUAUCGUAAAAUUUUUUUUAGACUUUCCCAUUUUGUCAAAAAAAUAAAAUUUAAUAACUUUUUAAAAAUAUGAGCAAAUAAAAAAUUCCGCACACCCAGGCCCUCUCCAUACAUAUAUAUAAGUAACGAUCGUAUUGAAAUAUUCUAAUAUUAUAAUAUCUGUAUAAUUUAUUAAUUUUUAUUAAUUAAAGUUAAUAUUUGAAUACAUUUUUCUGUUAAUAAUUAUUUAAUAAGUGCCAGAAUUUAAAUAAAUGUAUUAAAUAUUUAACAAUAAAUAAAAAACAAUUUGCUGAGAAAUUGUACGAAAGAUAUAUUUAUCAAAGAUAAAAUAUAUAUGUUGGCUAAAUAUAACUGCAACUCGUAAUGUCUGUAUGCUUUAAUAAAAAAAUUUAAUAUUAAAA